AUGUCAGGCCUCAUGUAUGAUGGUCCGUCCUCGUCCGAAAAGCCAGACCUCGGCUUGGACAAUGCCGCUGAAAGCUCUUUCUGUCAGACUUUCAAGUCUAUGCCCAAGCCGACGCCAGGAACCUUGCGUCUCUUCGACCGCUCCGACUUCUACUCGGCGCAUGGAGAUGAUGCUAUUCUCAUCGCCAACCUUGUCUUCAAGACUCACUCGGCACUCAAGUAUCUCGGCAGCGGCGGCAAGGACAACGGCGGCUUGCCUUCCAUCACUCUUAGUGUAGCAGCCACCAAAAACUUGCUCCGUGAAGUCCUCACCUCUCGUCAGAUGCGCGUCGAGAUCUACGGAAAUGCCGGGGCCAAGCGCAACAAUCAGUGGUCCAUCGUCAAGCAGGCUUCUCCAGGUAACCUGCAGCAAAUGGAAGACAUGAUCUUUGUCGAUGCCGACAUUGUCAGCUCCCCCAUCGUCAUGGCGCUCAAAUUGACCACCCGAGACGGAGUCAAGACCGUCGGUGCUGCCUUCGCCGACGCCACCAACAGAGAGCUCUGCGUGUCUGAAUAUGCGGAAAACGAUCUCUUCAGUAACACAGAGUCGCUCAUCAUUCAGCUCGGUGUCAAGGAGUGCAUCCUGCCCAAGGACGACAAAGGCGUCGACGCCGAUCUCAAAAAGCUGCGCGAAGUCAUCGAACGUUGCGGCGUCGUCAUGUUUGACAGCAAACGCGCUGACUUUUCCGGUAGAAACAUCGAUCAAGACUUGCGCCGCUUGCUUAAGGAAGAGUCUUGCGGUCUAAAUCUCACCGAGCUCGACCUCAAGCUCGCCAUGGCGGCGGCAUCUGCCCUCAUGUCGUACCUCGCCCUGCUCACCGACGAGUCCAACUUUGGCCAGUACAGUAUCCGCACCCACGACCUCUCACAAUACCUUCGCCUCGACAACUCUGCGUUGCGUGCACUCAACCUGUUCCCUGAGCCAGGUCAGACUGGAUCCAGCAAGAACACUAGCAUCUAUGGCCUUCUGAAUCGCUGUCGCACCGGUCAAGGCCAGCGCUUGCUCGGCCAGUGGCUCAAGCAGCCGCUUGUCAACGUCCACGCUAUCGAGCAAAGGCAGAACUUGGUGGAGCUAUUCGUUAACGACAACAGCACACGUCAGCUCAUCCAAAACGAUUAUCUCAAGCUCAUGCCGGACAUGCAUCGCAUCAGCAAGCGUUUCCAAAAAGGGAUCGCCACAUUGGAGGAUGUCGUACGUGUCUAUCAGGCAAUUCUCAGACUACCUGGCUUGAUUCAGACGCUCGCUGAUAUGGAGACGCCUUCAGAAGCUCUUUCAGAAUUGCUCAAGACCAGUUAUCUUGAUCCUUUUGAGGCUCAUCGGGCAGCACUCACCAAAUUCAACGAGCUGGUAGAAGCUACGCUCGACCUUACCGAGCUUUCUCAGCAUAACUUUGUCAUUAAGCCUGACUUUGACGACAAUCUGCGCGAGAUCAAGGAAGCGCUCGAUGACACCCGUGACAAGCUUGACGAGCAGCACCGACUAGCAGGCAAGGAACUCCGCAUGGACACAGAGAAGAAGCUGCAUCUGGAGAACCACCACGUGUACGGUUACUGCUUGCGGGUCACGCGUACAGACGCGGGUCUUGUACGCAACAAGAAGGGCUACAUGGACAUUGCCACGGUCAAAGGCGGACUCUAUUUCACCAACGAAGCUCUGCGCGAUCUGGCCAAUGACUUUAAAGAUUUGUCGGAACGCUACAGUCGUUCGCAAAGUGGUCUAGUCAAAGAGGUCAUUCAGAUCGCCUCGUCCUACUGCCCUCCCCUGGAGAAGCUUAACGUCGUGCUCGCACACCUCGAUGUGAUUGUCAGCUUCGCUCAUGUAUCGGACAGCGCACCUGUCCCGUAUGUCAAGCCAGUCGUGAGCGAGAAAGGGACCAACGCCGACGUUGAUUUGCGUGAGGCCAGACAUCCCUGCCUCGAAGUGAUGGACGACAUCAACUUUAUCUCGAACGACACAGAGAUGGUGCGUGGGCAGUCCGAGUUUUUGGUCAUCACAGGACCCAACAUGGGCGGCAAGUCGACCUACAUUCGUCAGGUUGGCAUCAUCGCUCUCAUGGCACAGAUAGGUUGCUUUGUUCCCGCCGCACAGGGCGCCAGGCUGCCUGUCUUUGACUGCAUCCUCGCACGAGUCGGUGCGGGCGACAGCCAGCUCAAGGGCGUUUCCACAUUCAUGGCCGAGAUGCUUGAAACCGCGACCAUUCUCAAGACGGCCACGUCCGAUUCGCUCAUCAUCAUCGACGAGCUCGGACGAGGCACUUCGACCUACGACGGGUUUGGUCUGGCGUGGGCCAUUUCCGAGUGGAUCGCCACCAACAUCCGAUGCAAGUGUCUGUUCGCAACCCACUUCCACGAGCUUACCAACUUGGCGGCACAACAACCCCAUGUGCGCAACCUGCACGUCGUGGCGCUGGUCAAGCAGAAAGAGGGCGGAUCUCGUCAGGAUCGCGACAUCACAUUGUUGUACAAGGUGCAGCCAGGGAUCAGUGACCAAAGUUUGGGUAUCAAUGUCGCUGAGCUGGCCAACUUCCCUCCUUCGGUGAUCGCGCUGGCAAAGCGAAAAGCGGAGGAACUCGAGGACUACGAUGUAGACGAGCAAACCGCCUCGGUGCUCGAUAGUCUGCCGGAGGAUGUGACGAAGCAGGGUGCCGCGUUGAUCAACGAGUUCCUCAAAACGUGGGCUGAGCGGAGUGGAUUGGUUGCGCAGCAAGGGGUGUGGGUUGGAAAGGAGACCAAGCGUUCGCGACUGGAAGCAGAUCCGGAAGCAGAAUUGCAGCAACUCAGGCAGGUGGUUGACGAGUUCCGACCUCGCAUCGAGGCGAAUGCUUGGGCUGCCAAGGUAUUGGAAAGCUUUUAA